CAACGAUUUACACAUCUGCCCCGCGUGAAAGACGAGAAUAGAGUUGCAUUCGCGGAACAAGUCGUUGGAUUUGUACUAGAGAGGAUGGCCGAAAGCGAUCUUGGUAAGAUUUUAAUUCUAGAACCAAUUCUUUAAGAUACUUAACUUCAAGAAAUGGAAAUGGACGACUUUUGUUGGUAUGAAUAUGCUCGCCUGUACCAAAUCACUUAAUGGCGGCCGUGAAAUACUGUUUUGCUCAAUUUCGCAAUGAUUUUGUCAAUGAAUCGAGCGGGUGAACAGAUAUUUGUGCGAAUAUAAGUUAACUUAAAGCUUGUAUUGCGUUGAAUUGUGAACAUCUUGUCACACCGUCGGUACUAAAAGUAGUGUUUAAUUGCACCUUACUGUUAGUUUCCUCGAGCGAUUAUACAGUGCAAACUCUAUCAACGACUUGAUAAUGUGUUUGUACUGCAGAGUAAAUGUAAGCGAAGAAGGGCACUCCUAUCCUUAAAAUGACCAUUUAAGGCAUUGUUCCUCGAAUAAAAAAAAAACACAGGGUUAGGAACGUAAUACAAGUUUUUAUGAACCUGAUCAAACAUAAUUGGUUAAUUUAGCAAGCUCGAUCGUUCUCCAAGUUAUUGUCAGUGAUUGCUCCAUUUUCUCUCUCACCUCUUCCUUUUUUUUUAGUUUUUUGCGUUGAAUAUAUCAUCAUAUAAUCCUGCCAGAAUCUGAUGCAAGCUUUGACAUGAUUUGAAUCGAGUAGAGUAGUUAUAAUAUUGAGAUAUUGUAUGUUUAACAUGUAAGGUUAGGUUAUAUGCGGUACUUCUGAUGACAGGCAAGUGCGUGACGAUCGAACGUUCGAUCUCCUUCGUAUGUAAGAGAAGAUGGAGUAAAUGGGGAAAAUGACUAAGGGUGACGAAGGAAGUAUAGAUAUGUUUACGUUAUUAUUGCAAACGUCCUGCUGUUGACGAUCGUGCUCGAACUUUCCGUUUUGUCUUGCAUAGAUCGUUAUCGAAUUAAAAUUUAGUCCCUCGUAGGGGAAGGAAACAAAAUGCAGAUUAGUAAUUCACAAUUUCCCUUGUAUUUUUUUAGUUUUUUUCAAAGCUGGAAAUAUUAUACACCUUUCAUUCUUAGCUGUAGUGGCCUUCUUGAUAAGAGAAAAAUUUUAAAUACUAUGUUGUAUUGAUCUCAAACUAAUUUAUUGAUUAAGUUAUGUUGUGAAUUCUAUAUUUAACAUAUAUUAUGUGACUCUUGAUAAGAUUUUCAUUCCUCACUCUUUGUGUGCAUAAGUACCCACUCUUACAUCUUAAACCUGGCUCUGGUCCAGAUUUUCAGGCUGAAGCUAUACUUAACUCAGUGGAAAUAGCAGCCUUAAGGUGUUUUUGCUACAUGUACAAUUAUGCAAUCUGCCUGCUAACCAUCUUGCACAGCUUCAGAUUUUCUUUUGAAAGACUAUCUCCAAAAAGGAAUGAAAAUAAUUUGUUAAUGUGGAAAACACCAAAGCAGUGAUUGCACCUAAGAAGGAGAGAGCCAGAAAAGGAAAGAUAAGAUUAAUGCAGGUUGAGAAUAAAAAACUAGAAAAAUUUAGGCAAAAUUUUUCAAGAUGCACUAGAUAAGAGAUCUCUUUUUUAGGAAAUAGGGACAGUUAACCUUUUCAGUGAGUAAUAGCCGAUUUAAGCAAAUUUCUUUCUUGGCUAGAUCUUUCAAAAUCUUAUGGUACUCUGCGUCAUGAACCUCAGCCUUAUGUGCCAUCAAAUCCAAUCCACGAGAAUGACAUUGAAAGGUUACUGUCAGUGGAAAGUGAAGAAAUGGAAGGCACAUGGUCACGUGUGAAAAAAACUAAAGAUGCAGAAGUCUGGAGAAGGGAAGCAAAUGAAGAAGGUUUUCCCCCAAUUACAAAGGUGCUGUUUAAUAUAUGUUACCAGUUCUUUACUUUACUCUCUCUACUAUUCCUCGCACUUGCAGUUGUCUGCUAGAACUACUUUUUAGCUUAUGGUGGUUGGGGUUAUUGUGGCUUAAUGAUAUGCACUACUACCCUUGUGAAAUGGCUUUUGGAAUUCCUAGGAAUUCCUAGGAAAAUCCUAGGAAUUCCUAGGAAUUCCUAGGAAUAAAGGUGUGAAUUUUCACGGUAAAUUCCUAGGAAUUCCCAACCAUAACAACUCUGGUUCUAAAAACCUAGAAAUUCCUAGAAAUUCCCAGAAAUUCCCAGAAAUUCCCAGAAAUUCCCAGAAAUUCCAAGUUUAUAGCCAACAGGACUUGGAAUUCCUAGGAAUUCCAACUCAGAGAACCAAUGACUUUCCCUGAAAAGCUGUAAAUCCAAAAUAUUCCUAGGAAUUUCUGGGAAUUUUUGGGAAUUUUUAGGAAUGUUUAAGAAUUACUGGGAAUUUUAAGCAAAAAUUUGAGGCUAAUGAUAUAAAAUAAAUACUUUAAAUUAAAAAAACCCAGCUAAAAUUCAAGUAUUCAAUGAAAUUUAUUUAGAAGCUUAAUUAAGGCUUACACGUAAAAUAUUUUUGAUUAAUUAUUAACAUCAAUGUGUGGUAAUAUUAGGAUGGAAUUUGAUUUAUUUUUCUUUUCUUGAAAACUUCAUACGGAUUAAUCCUCAAUUACAGCUAUUCAUAUAAAAUAGUUCUAAUCAAUCAUUAAAUUUGGUUUGACAAAUAUUGUGAAUAAAAUCUGUUGAUUCUUUUCCAUAAAAUACAAUAUCUUAAGUUAUAUUUGAAAAACCAAGCACUCUUGGGAGUGAAGGGGCUAAUUACAGACAAAUAAAAUUAAUUUUUUGAUUAAAAUCUUGUUGUAACCGUAACAAUAAAUUAGAAUGAAGUUAUCCUAAACUGCAAACUUAGCUGCUGUUUGUACUGUUUGUAUUUUUUUUCCUGGGCUCACAAUGAGUUGGCCUUGAAUGAGGUUGUCAACAAGAACCUUGACCAUUUUGUAUCUGGAUUCCUUGACAUCUGAAUUUGAAAAAAAUAAUAAAUUAAAAUAUGUAUAUUUAAAGCUCAGACCAGGCUUUUAAGAUGGCUAUGAGGAAAAGGGCAUUCAUUGGAUUCUCAAAUUGAGAAAUCUCUGUUAUAUUGAGUCACUUUUAUAUUGGAGUUAGUACAUCUCUCUCAUGGAUUUUACUAAAAAAGGGCUGAAUACAUUAUUUUGUUUUUACCAAGGAGGGCUUCUUUAUGUACUAAGGUUUGUUUAAUAACAGUUCCUAUUAUGAAUCUUGAAUGUUCCCAAACGUGACUAGAGAAAUCUUGAAACCUUACUGAUAGGUUUAUUUCAUUGUAAAGCAUAAGCUUAAGAAACUGCGGCAUGCAAGUGACCGAUUCGAUUCUCAGAAUUAUUCUAGUUUCAGUUGCGCCGAGCGUUAUGUAAGCUUAAUUCAACCUGCUACAUCUAUUCUUUUAUAAGAUUUUGAUCACGUAACGAAUAUCGCAAUUUUUACUCACCACAAACUUUCAAAGUCGCAGGUUUACAGAUGGCCACUCGACCCUUGUUUGUACCAGUCAAUAUAUCAACUAUUGUCCCUUCUUUUAACUCUACGGUGCCAACGACUUUCUUUUCUUUUACAACACUCACGCUAUUCUCGUUUUCCCAUUGAACCACAAUAAAAGCUAUCUUUAGAAAUGUUAUAUUAAGCAAAACAGUUGAUGAAAAGUACAUUCAAAGAUGAGCGCCAAUGGAGUCUUCUUUGUUUCUGAUCACGGGCAUGAUCACGUGGAUCUUUUAGGACUUGUCAUUGGCUAGCAAAGUGAAUCCGCUGGCUUGCCAAUUGCAGUGUCAGGAGAAGCGCCCAACUUUAUUCUGACUUCUCCGACUGGUUCUCUGCUUCUCGAAGAUGGAUAGCUUGGUGAUAUAAAUAAAGAUGUGAGCUCACUCUAUGUAGAAAUAAUCGACAAGAAUCGAUCGUAUUACAAAUGCACGAUUUGUGGCCGAAAGUUGUCGAGGAAACAAAGACUCAAAACUCACUUGAGUUGUGUUAAUGGCAAAGGUGAGAAAUAACACAAGCCAAUCACAGUUUUGAAUGCGACUACAAAUCGUCUUUUACCCUCAUAUUUAUAAAAGAAGGAUACCACAUUCGGAAGUAUAAGAGAUACAUAGAUGAUCCCAGUGUACCAGUACCUAAAUCUACAAAGCUUGACCGUAGCAAGCGUUCAGCAACACGUUCCAACACUGCCAUCUCGAUUCCUCAGUCAGUCGUUUCCACUGAACUUAAAGCAGUAUUGACAACAGAGUAGAGUGCGUCUUACAAAGGAGAAACAUUUGUACAAGAGACAGAAGUAGCUAUAUGCGAUUACAGAGGUGCGUUGGAACUCUGGUCCACAAAUAGUUAUGCACUGCCCGAAGUAUAAAACAAUUUUGUUGAUAGCUGACAGACAGAGAAGAACAACAAGUAAACUUAAGAGCUGUUAUUAUUGAAGUGUGACUAGCACUUUUCAUUUUUAUAUAAAGAGAGACUUGUAAUUUGUGCCAAAAAUAAAAAGAUGUAAUGUUUUUUGGGAGAUCCAGUGAUUGGGACAUUUAAGAAAUUAAGUUAUGAAAGGAAACUUGGUUGGUACUUCUCACUACUAACAAGUCUUGUUGACAAAUAUUUUCAGAUCAGAGUUUCAAAUAAAGUAAAUUGAAGACGUCAUAUAAAAGGUGUUUUUCCUCAAAGGGAACAUUGACUACCUCUGUCUUGUCUGCAUGCCAAAUGUUUGCAAAGUGUGUGGAUGAUCCACAAGUAUUGGAACUCUUACAAAAAUGUUUUGUAAGAAUAAAAACAGCAAAACAAAUUACAGCAAUUAGUCAUGAAAAUAGAGCAAAACACUGAAAAAAAAAGCAGCAACAACAAUCAUGAAAAAAAGAAAGAUUAAUUAGGUGUUGAAUUUGUUUGUCUAAGGCAUGCAAUUUCUACUAAAAGAAUUGUCAACAAAAAGUCUCUGACAGCGUUUGAGGCAACUGAGCUUGACUGUUCCAAGGUUUUCUAACAAAGGCAACCAGUAAUGUAGGUUAGGGAAGUAAGAUAACAAUGUAAUUAUUGUUAGUUAUUGUGGAAGUUGGCAAUUUCCAUUUAACAUAACUGACAGCUGGUUCAUGAGAAAAUCCAUAUUAAUGUAAAGAUUUACUAAAACUUAGUUUGAGUAAUAAAUUUCAUGAUCUUUAAGUUAUAAACAUGUACAUGUAUGUAUAUCUCUUGGUAAGUUUUGUAUAGCAUACCUUUUAAUUGAGCCAAAGUUUUAAGCCUCUGAAAUUACUCUUUUUCUUAAAACCUUCACAUUCAAGGUAUUGAGAAUUUCUUAGAAUUUAUGUGGACCUCAGGGUAUUAAAAUUGCCUCAAAUUCAAUUCCCAGAAAUUCCCAAGAGUUCCACACUUCUUAAAUUAUAGGUAGUUUGUAAAGCUGAGAAUUCCUAGGAAUUCCUAGGGAUUCCAAGUCCUCACAAAACUGGAGUCUUCCUUUCCCAGAAAUUCCCAGUAAUUCCAAGCUUUUUAAAUCAGAGUUAAUUUGCAUAGUUGGGAAUGUUUGAGAAUUCCUAGGAAUUCCUAGGAAUUCCCAGAAAUUCCCAGAAAUUCCCAGAAAUUCCCAGAAAACUGGGAAUUCAGUUUGCAAGGGUCAUUUGCAUAAUUGGGAAUUUUUGAGAAUUCCUAGGAAUUCCCAGAAAACUGGGAAUUCAGUUCGCAAGGGUAGCUUGGAGGUAAAGAGGCUAGGGUUACCAGUAAAUGCCAAAAUAAUGUUGAUUUGUUCUGCACUCUUGGACAAAAACAUUACUCUCUCAGAUUUAUGGUGAAUGGGUAUUGAAAUACUCAAAGAAUGAAUGAGAUGAGACUAGCACAUUUCUAUCUAGCAAGAUUACCAAUAGGAAAAUGAUACUAUAAAAAAAAUAACCUCCUUUCUAGAGGCUUUAAAGACUAGUUCAGAAGGGUUUUUUGAUUGGCUGAAGAUCAUGAUUGUGCCUUUGGUUUUACAAGCAAGCGAAGUGUCCAUUUGAUGGAAAUGUGAAACUAUUAAAACCUGGUUGUUUUGUUGCUGAAUGAAACUUUAUUUGUGAUGCUUAUUUUUCUUAGGCUGUGUUACGUCUAGAAGAUGUUCCAUUCAAGACAGGUCAGUUCACAUAAAAGCUGUUCAAGUUUUUUAAAUUACUGGAGGAUAAAAUGCUGUGUGUAUGCAAUUGUUGAAAGAUGUGCUUUCUGAUAUCUCAGCGGGCUCACUUUUUGCCAUGAUUUUUUAAUGUUAUGCUUAAUUUUAUAUCAUAUGUAUGCAUAAUUUUUCUUGACAGCUGUGAAACUGAUGACAGAUUGGAAAUUGCGACAAGAAUGGGACAAAACUGCAUCAGUUGUGGAUGUUUUGGACAGAAUAGGAAACUUCAAAGUGGUUUACAAGUAAGAAUAUCAAGGCCAGUUAUCAGAUGUUAAAAAAAACUUAGGUAUUACUACAGAAGGUUUUUUUUUGUAGACUUUUAGACCAAGGCAUUACCAAAUUUUAGAAUGAAAUUACAACAAUGAAGCAACGUUGUUGGGAUGCCUUUUGCCUCAAUACUUUCAAAGUAUUAUUCAUAUAUAUUCAUGUACAUACAUGAACCCUUUCAGGCAGCUGGUAUGUAGGCUGAUAAUGUCUGCAGCUGAGAGAUUGUCCAAAAAAACUGAAUAUUUUGCUGAGAAGCAAAGCUUUGAGGGCAAUUGUGAAAUUUUGAGAAGAAACUUUCAGCCAAGGAUGUUACCUGCUGACAUACCAUGUAACAGGAAGGAGGUUCAUUUAUUUUCCAACCCUCCCAUUAACUUUUAUAUUGGGUGUUCACAGUAAACUUUGUUGUCUCUUUUGUACUUUCUGGAGCAUCAUUUGAGAUCAGCUUUCUUAUAUCACUUUCACUGAACUCUUCAAAAUGAGUUCAUUUUUCUUCCAUGUAAAGUAAUAAAGAUGAAAAAAUGAAACUCUCAAGCAGGUUAUUAUCCUCUUCUUUGUUUUUUUUUUGAAAGAAAUGAUCAGAGAACAAAUAUCAUGUAAAUGGGGGUAAUUGUGUGUUAAUUGUUGGUUGAUUUUGCACUACAUGAUGUAAAGUAGCAGACAGAAUCAAAUGAAAAUUUUAAGUGAUAUAUCCCCCCCCCAAACCAUAGUCAAAUUAAACAUCUUUCAUGUAAUUAAAAAUCAUUCUGUUUCCUGAUCAAUGUAUUUUUUGUAACAAUACAGCCGUCUGAAGAUGCCUCUGUUUUGUACCAAGAGAGAUGUUGUACUGGCAUCACUGGAGCGUUAUGAUUCAGACCAGCAUUGCUAUAUUCUAGCAUUGCGUAGCACAGAACACCCUCUCAUGAAAGAUUCAGUCAAGUCAAACUUUGUGAGGUAAAAAAAGUCCUGUUUUCAUAUUUUGGUGAUCAUAAGGUGCUCAUGCUAGAUGCUUUUACCUUGUUGCAUUCAGGCAAUUUUUGCCAUAGAAAAAUUUGAAUUGAACCAAUCAUAAUUGGGCAAACUCUGGAACCUCCAACUUUGUAUGAGUCAGAGAACCAUGUCAUGUCAACACUCUUAAGAGACCUUCGUGAUCCUGCAGAUAUGAUUAGAUCCUGACACUCUUCAGAUAAUCAGCGUCUGCCUUUAGCUUAAAAGUAAGCGGUAGUCAGUGAAACCCACAUUUCUUCCAUUUGCUAACACUCAAAACAUCAGCUUUGAAACUGUUAACAGUGGCCAAUUUAUGUUAUAAACUCAGUUGAUAAUACCAAAUUACCUUGUUACACUCUUGCACUGAAGCAGCACCACAGUUUCUUUAUAAACCUACUCCCUUAAAAAUUAACUUUGAAGUAUUUCUCUUCAUUAUUUAGGGCUGAGACCAUCCUGUCAGGCACAAUAAUCCGUCCAGUGGAUGAUGGUUCAACAUCUUCCACUGUCACUGUCAUUACACAGAUGAAACUCAUGGGUUCAGCUCCUCAAUUCAUCAAGAACAGUUAUUUGGCCUGUAGCCCUGUGAAACGAAUGCAGCUGAUGAGGAAGUUUUAUCUGAAAUGCCAAACUGAUGCAGACUUGAAUUUGAGUUUGAGUGGCAGUGAGAAAGACAUCAAGAUGAGUCCAUUUAUCAGCACUCGCAAGACCAAGUCAUCCACAGGAAGUAUUAAUUUUGUCACAGAUGACUAAUUAUACUUACUAGGUUGAAAUUUGAAAUUAUUGGCAAGCUAGGCCAGGUAUUUGUAGUUAUAUUUAUUUUCUUUGCAGUAUAUUUUAAUGUUACUGUGGUAUCUUACUGUGAGAACAACUAGUUUCAAUUGGGAUGUAAAUGUAUUGUUACGUUUUAAAGUAAAGUUAAAAUUAAGUUAGUCAUUAGGUUUAAUUUUUAAUUAAUAACAGUCGUACUAAUUAAGUGGAUGAUUGGUCAACUGUAUCGUAGAAGGAAGGAUAGAAGUCCCCAAACGCAGUUGUAUAAGUUAUUCUCAUUGAUGAUCAGGCUUUUGUCCUGUUAGGUUUCAGGAAUAUUUGAAUACUUAUUAAGUGAUGAAUAUUUUGAGAGUAUUUGACUGUAACAGAGGGAACACAUACUCUGGGUUGGAGCUACAGUACGAGAAAAAACUCAGGAUGAGUAUGUGUUUUUUUUUCUUAUGUGGACUUAGAUCACAUAGUAUGUGAAGUCUAGUCAUUAUAUUUGCUUGCUUUCCCUUUUUUUGGUACCUCAUUACAUAACUUGUUCAAAACAUUUUUUGCAGUUAUGUUGCAGUGUACUUUCUUGCUUCGUUGUGAUUUUUUUUUCUUCUUCUGAGUUCAGAAGUCAGUACUGAUAUUCAUAUUGAGGGUCAGUGUAUCUGUGUCAUUAAUUCCUAUUGACUAAUCUCACCGUGGCAGUAGUAAAUAGUGUAGAAUAUUUUUAAGGGAAAAAAAUCAUCAUUUUGUGAUGUACAGGCAGCUUCAAGGUAGAACCUUUCAAACUUGGUGUUUUCUUUGGUAACUACAAACCUUUUUAGGUCUUAGUUUUCGUGCGGUUAGGGGUCAAGCGAUUUAAUCGGAAAUCCUCAAUAAAGAUUUUAUUUGUAAGCUAUUCCCUUUCGAGUCACUUUACAUCUCUUCCGUUUUCGGAGAUAACACGGGGAAUCAAGAAUUAACCGAACUUAUGUCGCGAAAUUUCGUCACGUGAACACCACGUGCGACCAAAUACUUUGAUCCAAAAAUAAUUGGUCAUUCUCUCUCGUGGUCUCGAUUACCAAAUGCGGUUCGGGAAAUGAGCUCAUGCUGUUCCUUCCUUUUAACGAUCGAAGAUCAGACUUGAGAAAAAAAGGCAAAUUUCGAGCUUAUUAGUGCCUUGGCUUUAUUCUCACCUUGAAUUUUUCACAUAUUCCAAAAGUUUCGGCAUUACUGCCAAAUCUGGUACUCCAUAGAAAUCUGGAGUGUCCAUGAUGAAACGUAAACAAGUGUAUAUGACAUGCACAUAUAUAUGGCGAUAUUUCCCAGCCAGAAGUCAAAGUUUAACUUUCCUUCGCAAGAUGUUGUACAUUUUACAGUUAACUAAUUCUGAGAGUGUCAGAUUGUAAACUUUAAUUAAAAAAUCAUCGAAUGAUCAAUUCGUUUAACUUGGUUAAGAUUAACCAUUUACUUGUAAUGGCGUUGGUUUGACGAAGAGCGAUGAACCUCUAACCCCCAGAGGUAAUUUACAUGUAACUUCUAAUUUUGAUAUCCACACAUUGUAUAUCAAACAGGUUUACGUUGUUAACGUUAACGUUGUUUUCUUGAUCUAACACCAAAUUCUUGUAACUAAUACAUGAGGAAAUGUAUGACAGCUAGAGGGGAGAUGUAACAGUCAGGUGUUGGGAGUUGAAGGGUUAAAUGUCUUUUGAAUUGUUACUUGCGAUGGAACUUUGACCCUAUGAAACCACUUGACACGUUUGGGCCAAUCUCCACAAGUUUUUCUUUUAAACGAAGCAGGUGCGAAAUCGAAAUUGAUCCCAACUUGCGAUUUCCGUGUUGUGGUGCGUCUUGUGAUGAAAAUUGUUUUGUAUUAGGAAGGCAGUCCGAGAGACUCUUGGUCUCGUCCUAAAUUGUCCAUAGUGUUUUAUAUCUUGUUGAAUAGGAACCUGUUUUUUACGCAGCAUUUGCAGUCUUCCUUCCAAAGAUCAUUGUAAUUGAUAUUCAUCCUUGUAAGCAAUCUCUGCGAUGUGACGAUUCCAGCAAUUUAUGGCCUUUAUAAUAUACUAUUUAGUCUAAUUAAAGUUUUCUUAAAGGUUACAGAGUUGACAUUUUUGCUCGUUUACUGACGAUGUCUAGAUUUGUUAAACUUAAAACUGUACAUUAGAUUUAGCUAUCUGAUUCACCUUUCUAUCUUGUUAUACUUAACUUUUAUUCGCUGUUAUUAUAAGCUCAACUGCUGGGAUAAAAUAAAACAAUCUACUUACUUUGAGGGUUGUUUAUUAAAAUACGAAAGGAG